UCAAGCCUGCCUCACAGGACACGAAAAGCGCGCACCGAGCUACAAAGUACUCGAGCAGAGAAGGAGGAGGAGAACAAGGAUCGAUCCAGGUCCAGUCAACUUGAGGAGAGGGGCUAAUCACAUAUCUGCGAUGGCGUCCAUGAUGGGAGGAGACUUCGUGGAGGCGUACGUGCUCAAGAACGCCUACAAGGAGAAGGUACGGCGCUUGGAGGCGGCCGAGGCGAAGAGCAAGAACGGUGGUGCUGGCUCUGGGGAGAAGAAGGCUGCGGGCGGCAGCUGGGGAGGAGGGCUGUUUGGGCUCAUGAACAAGAAGGUGCACCCCAAAGCGGCCGCGUCGGGUGGGUCCACUGGAGCUUCUUCUUGAUUCAGCUCUGCUUCCACCAUUGCCGAACAAUCGGUCAUGCUGAGACGAAGGAGGAAUUAUUGGAGCAGACAAGCUUGCAAGCAUUAUACGCAACUACUCGUUUGGUUAGUAGUAAUAUGAGAUUAGAUGCCUCGAAAUAGAAGUACGGCUAGUUGCAGCGCUGGGGAUUUUCGGCCAACGUUCUGCUAGGGUUUUGUAAUUUCAUCUUCCUUUCUUUCUUGCUUGACAACGAGUGUGUAACUCGCGUGAUGUCAUGUAAUUUCAUUUGUUACUCGAUGUGAUUACGUGAAAUGACAAAAAAAAUGAUGCGUAGAAAUUCCGUCCUGAA